AUGGACCCCAACAGAUUAUUCUCUCCUGUCGCUCAUAUUCUUCCUCCAAUGUCUACUGCAUACCCGACAACUGCCCCUCAUUCCAAUCUCCCGUUUCUUCAAUUUUAUCCAUUUUUUAUGGAUUACCGAUUUCCUGUAUUGUUUGCUACAAUAUACGUCGUUUCUGUCUCCAUUCUAAAUCCAACUUCAAAUAAUGUUUCUCGUGUAGUAGCAAUGCAAAAAGGUUUAAAACCAUCAUCGGUUAAAAAAAGUAGCUCUUCAAUGACUACUUUUGUGUUUUUACAUAAUUUGUUUUUAUUUAUAUUUUCCUUGGCUACCUUCGUAAAUGUAACACCUGCCUUGGUGAAAAAUUAUACAACUCAUAACUUUACUGACGCCUACUGUGACCGUGAUGGAAGUUUCUGGGAUAACGCUCUCGGCUAUUGGGGAUACCUUUUCUAUCUUUCAAAAUUAAUCGAUACCAUAAUAAUUCUUCUAAAAUCUCGUCGUUCCUCAUUGCUUCAAACUUAUCACCACGCUGGUGCGAUGAUAACAAUGUGGGCUGGUAUGAACUUCAGAGCCGCGCCAAUUUGGAUCUUUGUAGUUUUCAAUUCUUUCAUCCACACAAUAAUGUAUGCUUACUAUGCACUAACAUGUAUUGGUAUAAAUCCACCGGGCAAAAAAUACUUGACUUCGAUGCAAAUUACCCAGUUCUUGAUAGGAACUACAAUCGCUUUUAGUUAUUUGUUUGUUGAUAAUUGUUUGACAAAUGAUGGAACUGUAUUGGCAACAUGGAUCAACCUUGUUUAUUUAUUGCCUCUGAUUUAUCUAUUUGUGGAUUUUGCAAAAAAUACGUAUAGUAAAAAG